AUGGAUCGACAAGUCCCCAACGACAAGCGGCAGCGGGAGACCACAGUCGGAGAGUGGCCCAAGAUGCCGGGUCAGUUUCCAGGAGUUUGUUUCAUUCCUCCUCUGGUACAAACGAACAUCAUCAAAUGGUCCGACGUUCGACAGGCAGCCAACAUCUCCAAGCCGCCUAUCUCUCCGACGAUCGAUCCUGAAGUACAGGGGUUUUGGAAGUGGAUUGAAGGCAUCAACGCCUCCUUGGCCGAGAUUCACCGCAAGCUAGACUUUCUGCUUUCUGCACAUGUGAGAGCCACGCUUUCCGAGGAAUGGAAGCGCACUACAAGAAUCUAUAGAAGAGCACUUCGAUGGGCACCAAUCUGGCCAACUCUUGCCACCGUCUCAAUCUCCAUUAGCAAACCAUUGCGGAUACUGUGCAGAAGUUGGCUACCACGACGAAGCAAGUUAAUGAUCUGA